AAAAAUUGAGAUGAUGUACGAUGGAAAUAUUUGCGGAAAUUGUUUAACUUACGUAUUUAUUUAGUAUAGUUUAGUUUUUUGUGUUAGACUUCAAGUGAACAUGAAUUCCCUUGAAUUUAACUUUUUGCGUAGGCGUAGCUACGAAAUGUUAUUCACAAAAAUAAUUUAAGCGUUCGCAAUUGACUCGAGAGUGGGUUUUAUCUGAUAAAAAUGGUCUUAAAAUAAAGUAUGCCGCUUACAAUUGUAAACAAAAGUAAAAUGAUUGCUGAAAUCAUGAAAUUUUCGUUUCACCAUAGAGCGUUUUACUGCUAUGUUGGGAUGAGUAUAUGGAUCUGUUUUUUAAUAACGGUGAUGUACAAAUACAUAUCAGUUGGAGAUGAUGCCACAGUGAUAAAAAAGAUUGUGCAGAAUGAAUACAUAUCCAAAAGCGAUAUCAAGUAUAGGAAGAUAUAUCUACGCUCAUGUAAUCCACCAGACAGUAUUGUGAGGGGUGCUGAAGCUGUGGUGGACAGUGAUACUUGGCUUCUGCAAGGAGUGUUGGUGGUCACAAGACAUGGUGACCGCGGACCCCUUACACAUUUGCAUGGGGGAGACAAACUGCCCUGUGAUACUCCACCACAGUCAACAUUGUUGAAGACGUACGAAGAAUGGGUGUCGAACACUAGCUCGGUCGGGCGCGCGUGGUGGGUGGCGGGGCCGGGCCCGUUCCACAGUUUCCCCGCGCUGCCGCCGCGCGCCGCCACCCGCUGCGCGCUCGGCCAGCUCACGCCACGGGGGCUGUUGCAGAUGCUUACUGUCGGUAAUAUUCUGAAAGUGGCUUAUGGAGAAAAACUUGGAUUAGACAAUUCAGAUCCGACGGGAAAACGAGAUACUGGAGACGUUAUAAUGUACAGCACGCGAUACCGACGAACGUUCCAAUCUUUAGCGGGACUCGCCUGGGGUUUAGCGGGCGCCAAUGCGGGCGCUCGACUCGCUAGAGCGAGAGAGAGUCAUAGCGUCGCCUUCUGCUUCCGCGAGUGUGCUUGUGCUGCGCACCACGCGUUGAACAAAAAGAUCAGCAUCCAAGCAAAACACCGCCUGGACAACCACCCCGCGCUAAAAGAGCUGGUCACCAAACUCUCCACCGUGCUCUUUGAGUCUCAGGAGCACCCCGAGCCCGACCUGGUCCGCGACGGAGUCCUGGCUCACAUGUGCCACGACUCGCCGCUGCCGUGUGUCAGGAGACCUGACAAACUGAAGAUUAGCUUGAAGAGGAAUAGGAGGCUUCGAGAGGAUAGCGUGCCGGGGAAAAAGAAUUUAUUAGACAUAGAUAUAGACACACUUAACAUGGAAUUGGAUUACAUUAACAACCAGUUAGAUUUCAAUAACGAAAUAGGGAGGAAAGCUAGAGAUAUCAUUGGUAAAUAUUACGAUACUAAAGAUAAGCAGAAAGCGCCUUUAGAUUUCGAUGCUCAAAUGGAGAGGGAAAAGCUUUUAUACUAUCAGCAGAGGUAUAUGGAUAACGCUGAUGCAUAUGACGAUGUAGUUAUUGUUAAAAAGAAUUUAGACGCAGACUUUAAUUUUCCAAAUGACGCUCGCAUGGAUACGGAUUUUGAUGAAGAAUAUAAAGAACCAACGCCAGAAAUAACAGAGGAAUAUUGUAUAAGAAAGGACCAUAUAACGUCUUUAUUCGCGUAUUUAGAAUGGAGUUAUAGACAAGAAAUCAAAAAUAUACAUAAUAGAAAACGAGGCCUGCUUUUAGCGUACGGAUUAAUGCACAACAUAGUGCAAAAUAUGAUUAGAAUGAUCUCAGAGAAUAAACCUAAAAUAGUCAUAUAUUCAGGGCACGAUAAAACACUGCAACCAUUAAUUUUAGCACUUGGACUAACUAAUUAUCAACACUAUAACGUACAUUAUGCUUCUAGAAUGAUCUUUGAAGUUUACAGAAAAAAAGAUUUACGCGACGAAUUUAAAUUCACGAAAAGGAAAGCGGUAGCACAAGAUUUUUACUUCAGGGUUGUCUACAACGGGGAAGAUGUAACAAAUAAAUUAAGUUUUUGUAAAACUAAGCAGAGUAUAGUGAUGAAAGUAGCGGAUCCCAUAGACGAUAUGAAGACGUAUAAUACUUAUUUGUGUCCGAUAGAAAACGUUGUUAGGUUUAUACAUGACGAUUAUUUUGCUAUUUUUAACGUGACCAACUUUAAGGACGCUUGUGCAACCUAUGGGAAUCUCAAACAUGUUUAGGUUAAUAAAGUUAAACUAUUGGAUAUUAGCGGCGUCUAAUGUAG